AUGUCACAGAGGAUUGGGUGUGGCAAAUCGGUCAAGGUGGGUGAUUCGGGUUCAACAAGCGUAAACAAUUCCAGGCUCGUCCAGUGCUUGCAUAAAAAACCUUGUGUCGUUCAAACCUCCGGAACUGAUCUGAAUCCAGGCCGGAAAUUCUACGGCUGUCCUUAUUGGAAGGAUCCGAAGAAGAACUGCGAUUAUUUCAGGUGGGUUGGAACUAAUGGUGAUGAUUUUAACGGACAUGACACUGAAGUGGAGGCUACAAUUCUCAAGUUGGAAGAGAGUAUUAAGCGAGCACAGUGCAAGGCCGAGAGGAGGAAGAAGGAAAAACAACUGGUGGCUGAAGAACUAAUCAAUGUAAUGGCGGUUCACGAUGCUCUGUUAGCUGAGACAAGGAGUAUCAACCCUGAUGUUAAGCUGAAUAGAUAUAUGUUGACCAUUUUAUUCGUAGUGAAUGUAAUGGUGCUUGUAGUCAUCUGUAGUAUGGAGUAG